AUGGGUGAACGGUUGCAAAGUCAAAACACAUUCGUUUGCUCUUUUUCUGAUUGCAAUGCCACAUUUAGGAAGUUGUGGAAGUUAGAGGCUCAUCUGUGCAAACACACUGGAUUGAAACCAUUUUCCUGUGAGAGCUGUGAGAAGAGUUUCUGCACUCGCUAUGAGCUCACCAGGCAUGAGCGAGUGCAUAGCGGUGAAAAGCCACAUAAGUGUCCCAUAGAUCGAUGUUUGGAGGCCUUUGGGAAAAAUGCCACCUUGAAGAAGCAUAUAGCUCGAGUCCACCAGUACCAGGAAGACCGAUAUAAAUGUGACUAUGGAGGCUGUGAAAAGGAUUUCAGCAAGAAGAAACAACUAAAAGCUCACAAGUGUGAGCAUGGAGAACCAUUGGCUUUUCACUGCACAUUCAACAAAUGUGGGAAAGACUUUCCCAGUGGAGAGAAACUGAAGCAUCACGAGAAAGUUCAUCAAGGUUACCCCUGCAGUUUUGACCUGUGUCCUACGCUGAGUAAAACAUGGACUGAAUAUCUGAAGCACAGAGCCCAACACAGAGAGAAGAUUGUGUGUGAAAAGUGCAAUAAACUCUUCAACAACACCUGGUUUUUGCGCGUGCAUGAGCUGCGUGCACACUCUGCGGAGAAGAAGUACUUCCUGUGCCCCAGAGAGGGCUGUAACAGGAAGUUCACCCGUCGUGUUAAACUGGAGAGUCAUGUACUGGGAGACCAUGAGGGGAAGAAACCCUUCUCCUGUGCAUUUGCUGGCUGUGGGAAGAGCUUUGCCUUGAAGGAAAGCUUAUGGCGACAUGGUGUGGUUCACAACCCUGCAAAAAGAAAGCUGAAGAAACGGAAGCCUAAAAAGGACAAGCCCUCGCAGGUUGCACAGGAGGCCACCCAGUCAGCUGCAGAUGAUCAAGAAGAAACCAGCAAGCUUGCUGCAAAGCUGCACAGUACAAGUCUGGAGGAAACCAUUUCUUGAAUCUUACUCGUCAGUCUCGGGGUGACCUUUAAUUGGGGAGCAUUCAUAUACUUCCUACUGAUUCUGAAAGUGUGAAUAAACCACCACUUAAAGUAUAA